UUUCACAUAAUUUUAUAGAUUUCAUAUAAUCUGGCUUUCACAUAAAAUUCUGGCUUCUUUGUAAAUCAAAAAAUCUGGCAAAGCCGGCCUUACUGACUGCUUCACUCACCCAUAAUGAUUUCCUGGCUCCUCUGCGUAUCUGAGUUCGGCUCCUCUGUUCUAGCAAUUCAAAAGCUACCAGAUAUUUAAUCAUGUCUUGCCUCUGUUUCUCACCUUAUUUCAGGUAGUCCCUUUGAGAGGCAUAGGGCUUCUUAAGCGUGUACAGAUUGACAAUACAAUCUUAGCCAUUUGAAUAAGGGGAUACAGAAACUCUUGCCCAAACGGUACUGCCUUUACCAAUUUUCAAAUAGGUGUUGUGGAAUACUUAAUCUGAGAACAACUUGGAAAUCCAGGUAGAGCACGAAAUGAUAGUGUACCAUCACUGUUGAUCUCUAGGGGGCGCCAUUCCCAAAGACUACAAAUUUGAAAAGUUUCAAAUAGGUGUUGAUAUUUCUCAGUUGGUGGUCACUGUCCACUCUUCCAGGCAUUAAGGUUGGGAUUUUUCUUACCACUUUCAAAGCAUUUUCUCUUUUUGUCAGAGCAUUUUCAUCAUGACUGCGGGGGGAUAUUACAGCAUAAACGGUAGAAGAUUUCAAAAACAAUAGUCAAUUUUACUUAACCUCCACGUUGAAAGCAAAGUGAAGAGUCUGCGAAGCUUUUGGAGGAAGGAAAAAGUGGUGGAACAAUGUUUCACCAGGAAAUUCCAGAGAGAACAUAGUAAAAUCAAAUAGCAGUAUGGGGGAAAGGCAGCAGCCUCGUGAAAAAAAAAAGACAAUGUUAUUUUGCUUUGUUCUCUCGUGUUCAUGUUUUCCAAUAAUCAUUUCAUAUAUAUGCACAUAUAUCUGUUUAAAUUCAGUAGAAGUUGCAAGGAAAAUGUGCCAAAACGUUGAGAGUGGUUGUUGGUUGUCUUCGGCUGAGUGGGGCUAUGAGUGAUGAUUUUUUCUUUUAAUUUUUCUGGUUUUUCCAAGUGUUCCUUAAUAUAUUGGGUUUCUGACCGAAAUAAAACGAAAUAAACUUUUUAAAGAAGUAAUGACAGCUCUCAUGUCCAUCCACUUCAAGACUGUCAUGCUAAGGUAGGCAGGCAGAGGGGGUGGCAGACUCUCCUUUUGUUCUGCAUUCUGGUCUUUCUCCAGCUCUCACUCUUUGCUUUGUGUCUUCAGUCACGUCCCAAUCCCAGAGGAAUGAAAGUAUUGUUCAAAAUUUAAGGCCAACGUGAAGAACUCAGCAGAGGUAGGGAGUCCCCAAGGCCAGGCUAGGCGUCCCCGAGGACAUCUCCGGGGAGUGGCGCUUUGCGUCAUGUGGGGCCCGCCCCUUCCAGGGCCUCGGCUCGGCGUGUUUUGCCGUCUUGGCCGCGGUCGUGGAAGCAGGAUUUCCGCGGUUGUGUAACGGCACCUCGCGGACGUGCAGAGACCUGGGCUCCGCAUCCCUCCUCUGCCUGGCCCCUGGUCUCCGGCACCCGAGCCAUGGCCUGGACGGCGGCGGCGGCGGCGGCGGGGAGCUGCGGGGCCCGCGGCGCGCUCUCGGUGCACACGCACCUGUUCGACCUGCCGCCCGCACUGCUGGGCGAGUUCUGCGCGGUCCUGGACAGCUGCGACGGCGCGCUGGGCUGGCGCGGCCUGGCAGAGCGACUUUCAAGCAGCUGGCUGGAUGUUCGUCACAUUGAAAAAUAUGUGGACCAAGGUAAAAGUGGAACAAGAGAAUUACUUUGGUCAUGGGCUCAGAAAAACAAGACCAUCGGCGACCUUUUACAGAUUCUCCAGGAGAUGGGGCAUCGUCGAGCUAUCCAUUUAUUUGCAAACCAUGGAGCAGUCUUGAAUCCUUCAAUGCAAAGUCAUCAGGGAGAUGCAGUUCCAAACAUGUUCCCCAAGGAAACAGCCAGUGUCACAGUGGAUAAUGUUCUUAUUCCUGAACAUAAUAAAAAAGGAGUAUUGCUUAAUUCCUCUAUCAGCUUUCAAAACAUCGUAGAAGGAACCAAAAACUUCCACAAAGACUUCCUAAUUGGAGAAGGGGAGAUUUUUGAAGUCUACAGAGCAGAGAUCCAAAACAGAACAUAUGCCAUUAAAUUAUUUAAACAGGAGAAAAAAAUGCAAUGUAAGAAACAGUGGAAGAGAUUUUUAUCUGAGCUUGAAGUCUUACUACUAUUUCGUCAUCCAAAUAUACUGGAGUUGGCUGCAUAUUUUACAGAAAGUGAGAAGUUCUGCCUGGUUUAUCCAUAUAUGAAAAACGGAUCACUUUUUGACAGAUUACAGUGUGUAGGGAAUACAGACCCACUCUCUUGGAACAUUCGAAUCAGUGUAUUAAUAGGAACAGCCAAAGCCAUUCAGUACUUGCACAAUACGGAUCCGUGCUCGGUCAUCUGUGGCAGAAUAUCAAGUGCAAACGUCCUUUUGGAUGACCAGUUUCAACCCAAACUAACUGAUUUUGCCAUGGCUCACUUCCGGCCCCACCUAGAGCCUCAGAGCUCUACCAUCAGCGUGACCAGCAGCAGCAGUAAACAUCUGUGGUACAUGCCAGAGGAGUAUAUCCGACAGGGCAAGCUCUCCACCAAAACGGACGUCUACAGCUUUGGAAUCGUAAUAAUGGAAGUUCUGACAGGCUGUAAAGUGGUGUUGGAUGAGCCAAAGCAUAUCCAGCUGAGGGAUCUCCUUAUGGAACUGAUGGAGAAAAGAGGCCUCGACUCAUGUCUCUCAUUUCUAGAUAAGAAAGUGUUUCCCUGUCCUCGGAAUUUUUCUGCCAAGCUCUUCACGUUGGCAGGCCAGUGUACUGUGACACGGGCAAAAUUAAGGCCAUCGAUGAAUGAAGUCCUAACUACUCUUGAAAGUUCUCAGACCAGCUUAUAUUUUGCUGAAGACCCUCCCGCCUCCCUCAAGUCCUUCAGGAGUCCUUCUCCCCUCUUCCUGGACAACGUACCAAGUAUUCCCGUGGAAGAUGAUGAAAGACAGACUCAUCAUUCACCGCUUCACGAUAAACAUUUGAGAAAAGACAGACUAACUCAGAAGACUCCCUUUGAAUGCAGCCAGUCUGAGGUUACAUUUUUGGGCUUUGAGAGCAACACAGGAAAUAAGAGAAAUGAGGAGGCUUGCAGCAUACCCAGUUCUUCCUGUGAAGAAUGUUGUUCUCCAAAGCAUGCAGCUCCAUCCCAGGACUCGAAGGCCUGUGGCAUGCAUAUGGACCCUUCUAUAGAAGCUCUAGGCCGUUCCCGCAGGAGCAGGUCAGUGGAGGCUAACUGUUCCUCCGAAUCUUUCUGGAAUGAGUGUGAACAGUACAAAAAGGAAUCCAUUUCACCAGCAGAUAAAGAAGAUGGCAGGUAUUACCGAGACACCUGAGUACAGGGACCACCUUGGGAAGACAUUGUCUUCAUAAGUAACGCCAAGAGGACGGUCAGUGGUGAGUUUGGGUAGAGCAGAGCAACAAUCUGAGCAACCCUGUUCUCUUUUUUUCCAACUCGCAGAACAGAGUGACCUUAAAAUUUGUUUUAUCGGGAAAUUGCCUCCUGAUCAAACGUAGGCUUAAACUAGAGCCGUUCAAAAUUACGUAAGAUCAUGGGCUCUGACUGCAGACAAACAAAACAAUCAAAACCUACCAAGAAGAGCCUGGAUUCUAACAUCUUCAUUAACAUUUAUAUGAGUCCUCAGAGCCUCUAGUCAGCCAAGUAUGUUCAAUUCAGUUGGAUUCUAUUGUUUGGUUUAGGUUGCUUGAGAAGAUUGUAGGAAACAUCUAAUUUGUAAAUAUGAAUAGAUGCCCUUUAAAGAAUUGCCUUUUCAUAUAUUUUGAUUGACCUUUGGUAUUUUUCUGUACAUCCUGUGAAACCUGCCUGUCUGAAAAUGAGCCAGGUUCACCCCUGGCUAUGACAUGUUCGGUGUAGAGAGGAGAUUCUUGCCCAAGAUCUGUAUUUAAACUCUUAGGAUAUUUAUCACACAUAUAUGGUUGUUGGCUGUUGUUACAAUCUCUUUUGUCCAAACUUAGAGACCUAUUAUAUCUUGAGUGGAGUGUAUAAAAUCUUAAGUAAUUUUUGUUCUGAGAAAAUGGCUGGUCAUAAGAGCCUCGGUCAGCUUUUUGUUUGCUUCUAUACAUUCCAACUCUGUGCCUUUACUCCUGCUGUUUACUGGAUCUCUCCACCUUUGAAAUCUUGCCCAAUCCUUCAAGGCCCAGCAGAACUGCCAUCCUUCUGGAAGCUUCCCUAAUCUCUCCAGCCAGAAGUACUUCCUUUAUCAGUAUUUCCAUAGCAAUUAUUUUUGUAUUUCUAUUUUAUACUAGUCAUUUUCUGAAUUAUAUCAAAGUUGCUUGUGCCAUCUUCUCUCUCUUACUAGACCAUAAACUCCUGUAUUAGCUUCCUAUUGUUGCUGUAACAAAUGAUCACAAAUUGAGUGGGUUAAAACAAUAUAAAUUAAUUAUUUUACAGUUGUGGAAGUCAGAAGUCCUUAACAUUCCCCUAGAGGCUUUAAGGGGGACAAGUCAUUCAUUUACCUAUUCAAGCUUAUAGAGGCCACCGGCAUUCCUUGCCUCAUGGCCUCUUCCUUCACCCUCAAAGCCAGCAAUGUAGCAUCUUCAAAUUCAGAUCUCUCCCUUUCUCUGACCCCUCCUUCAUCACCUCUUUCUCGUACGUUGGCCCUCUUGCCUCGUUCUCAUAAGGAUACUUCUAAUUGCAUUGGGCCUACAAGAUACUCCAGGAAAAUCUCUGCAUCUCAAGAUCCUGAAUUUUAUCACAUUUGCAAUGUCCUUUUUCUCCUGUAAAGUGAUAUAUUCACAGGUUUCAGGGAUUGGGACAUGGACAUCUUUGGGGGACCAUCACUCUAUCACAUUCCCUGAGUCUGUAGGGGCCAUCUCUUCAGGGCCUAGUAUGUCAUUCUGUACAGAUCAGGUGUUUCCUUAUAAAUUAAGUUGAAUUACAUUAUCUCUAUGAACCCACAUAAUAAAAAAUUCAACUACA